GUGAGUGAGGGAAGAAGAAGUUGAACACCGUGCGUGCACCCGUGGUUCGAUCAUUCCUCCUAACGCUUUGAAGACGCAGAGGAAGCUGGCUGCCCAAAGCAUAUCGUCUCCGAACCAUCAUCUCAGACUGAAGGAGAAACCAGUGAAAAUGUCACUGCCCAGCUGUUUUGAGGCGGACUACGUGGACGCUGCCAAAUUACCCCAUCCUGUCCCACGCCCUCCAACUACCGUAGACAAAACGUUCGACGACGUCAUGAAGCUGCUUCACGCAGGCAAGGACAAAGAGGCGAAACAGAUAGUCCGGACACAGCACUGGCCACUAGACUACCCUAGGCGUGGUGAACUGUGGACCAGCCUGAGCAUGUACCAUGCCCGGUCAAGUCCAGGAGAUUUGGACUACGCAUCGCUUGUGAGUGACACCUUGGGUAGCUUGGGUUGGCCGUCUAGCAUCCCGGCCUUCACGGACCCUAUCUACUGCGAGGACUAUCUACUGAAUGCCGAGGGGCAGCGCCGCGUCGAACGACUUGUCUACGUUAUCUCCACCAGCCACCCAUUCAUCACAUACUGCCCACUCCUACACCCGCUAGCCACUCUCUUCCUGCACUACGUCGCCGAAGACAGGACGUACGACUGCCUGUGCGCUCUCAUCGAAGGCACGACAGUGCGCCACCUGAGCCAGACUCAGUUGAUGUAUGACACGUCCGCCUACGCCCUUAUGCAGCUGACCAAACGGCUCUGCGGCAAGACAUACGGUUGUCUAUUGGCUAAAGUUGGCAAAGAAGACGAACUCGAGAAGAUUUUCCGCACGUGGCUACUAUGGAUCUUCCGGGGCCUUCCUUUCUAUCAUCUUGUCCGUGCGGUGGACUGCUUUCUCCUUGAGGGGGUCCGGGCAUUCUACAGAGUGGCCAUGGCCAUUCUAUCUCUCUUUAUCCAGGACCACGCAAACGAAUUUCACAGAGAUAGCAUGCUCGCACGUCUUAUGCCGGGACGGAGGAGAGCCCGCGCACAAACAGACCCAGGCGUUGUGUUGGAGAGGAUUGUGUUAUACACCCGCAACAUGCACGCCGAUGUGGACCACCUAUUGAAGGCAGCAUACGGCAUCCAGGGCUUCAGUGCCCAGGUACUCAACAAACACUUGAUGAAAGCGGAGACGUUUGUACGAAGCCGGGCUACACCCUGCAGAUCACGAUCCUCUUCCACUAUUGGGCUCCCUGAACAAAGAAGUUGGCCUGCCGUGCGAUUCUUGCAAGGGCCUAAACAGGAGAGAUACAACAAACUUAGGACGUUAUCGUUGGGCAUAUUGCCCGUGGCCGAUUUUACAUCUGACGUUCUGGAGCAAGAACACAUUGUAUUUCUAUGGACCUGGCUUCCUCCACGUAUUUCAAUACUGCAGCCCCAGCUUAUUUACUCCACGAACGAACAUGGCAGCAGCCUCACCAACUUCUACGCUUUGGUAGAAACGUGGGAACCCACCGUUCUUGCCAUCUUCACCACGGAGGGCGAGGUAAUACAAAGAAUGCAUAUUGUGCGCAGUUCCGAGCGACACAUAAUGCUUACAUGCAUCUCCCGGCAGCGUUUUGGCGCAUAUUGUUCAACUGCAUGGCAGGAAAGGAAACAGACCUACUUCGGAACGGGCGAGACGUUCUUAUUCACCUUUGCCCCAGAAGCCCGUUGCUUUCCAUGGGUCGGAGCAGCAUCGGCCACUGACGUGCCACAUACAUCGAAACUUUUCCUCUCCGGCAAUCAGAACAGGAUACAGGUCGGAGCCGGGAAUGGGCUUGGGCUCUAUGUGGACGGUGACUUGACGAAUGGUCGCACGGAACAUUGCGACACUUUCGACAACUACCCCCUGGCCCCAGGUGGAGACUUCGUCAUACGCGUCCUUGAGGUGUUUGGAUUCUCCUGAACACCGGGAACCAACGAAGCAGCCGAUGACUUUGAUAAUCAGGCUCUUGUUUAUCCGCGCUGCGGU